CUCUCUCUCUCUCUCUCUCUACUCACUACACAGCUACACUCUUCACUCUACUCCGCCACACUCUCUCUCGCUCACUCUUCUUCUCUUUAUAUAUCAUCCCUCUCCUCUUCACUCCCCACUACUCUAGAUUGAGAGAUAGAUAAAUACAUAAAUAAAUAAAUAAAUAAGCUUGUUUUUUUUAUAAAAAAGGGAGAAUUUUUUUUUUUUCCAACAAAACAGAACAACAAAAUGUUGCUAAAAACCCUCCUUAUCCCCUUCUUCUUCUUCUUCUUCUUCUUCUUCUUCAACCUCUCCCCCACUCUGCUCCUCGCGGCCUCCCCUUACCCUCACGACAAAACCCUAACGGGGCGCUUCGAGCGAUCGCCAUUGCUGUCGUCGUCGAAGCGCUACGAGGGCUCCUCCGACCUGGUCCACGUCCGCUACCACAUGGGCCCCGUGCUCUCGGCCCCGAUCCGGCUCCACCUCAUCUGGUACGGGCGCUGGCUCCCGGCGCAGCAGGCCCCGAUCCGCGACUUCCUCCUCUCGCUCUCCGACGCCGCCGCGCCGUCCCCCUCCGCCGCCGAGUGGUGGCGCACCGUCGCGCUCUACCCGGACCAGACCGGCGCCAACGCCUCCCUCUCCGUCGCCGUCGCCGCCGAGGCGCACCUCGACCCGGCAGCCUCGCGCGGGCGCUCCCUCUCCCGGCUGGCCGGGGUCCAGGGCGUCAUCGCCGACGCCCUCGCGUCGGGCGCCCUCCCCGCCGCCGCCGACCCCCGCGGCGGCGCCUACCUCGUCCUCACCCGCGCGGUCUGCGGGUUCCACUACUUCACGUUCCCGGCGCUGGUGGGCCGCACCGUCCCCUACGCGUGGGUCGGGCACAGCGGCGAGCAGUGCCCGGAGGUGUGCGCGUACCCGUUCGCCAUCCCGAGCUACAUGAAGGGCGCGGUGGGGCCGAUGCGCGCGCCGAACGGGGACGCGGGGGUGGACGGGAUGGUGAGCGUGGUGGCGCACGAGCUGGCGGAGAUGGCCACCAACCCGCUGGUGAACGCCUGGUACGCCGGCGACGAGCCCGCCGCGCCCGCCGAGAUCGCCGACCUCUGCGAGGGCGUCUACGGCACCGGCGGCGGCGGCGGAUACACCGGCGCCGUCAGCACCGACGCGCGCGGCGGCAGCUUCAACCUCAACGGCCGCAACGGCCGCCGCUUCCUCGUGCAGUGGGUGUGGAGCCCGCAGCUCAACGCCUGCGUCGGGCCCAACGCCCGCGACUAAGAAUCUCCCUUUUUUAUUUUUAUUUUUUUUUCUCUUACAUUUAUUUAUUAUUAUGGUUCUAUUUAUUUUAGUCA